AUGAUGGCAGACGCGUCAUCUUCGUUCCCAUAUCCAAGCAGGAGGGAACGCGACAGAGCGUUCCAACUGCGGGAUCAGGUUGACUGCGCAUACCAUGAAGCAAUACGAGCAGUUAGCCGCUUCUGGACUGAAGAAACUGGUACCCAUCUCACAGAGGCUUUUCUGCUUCAUGCUCCGAUAGUCUACAACGGAUGUCAUCAUCAUAACUGGACAGGUCAUGGGAAAAUCUCGUGGAAAGCUUGA